UGACUGUUUAUGUUUUCAAAGCAAAUUAUUUCCUCAAUACUUUUGCUCGGAGAACUUGUAUUCAAAAUGGCGAUAAAAGUUGUCUGUCUGAUGCUGGCGUGCGUUGUUGUUUGCUACGGCAUGCCUUAUGGCGGCGGUUCUGGUAACUAUGAUUCCCAAUAUCCCGGACAAGGCGGAUUUGCUCCCCAGCAGGGACAGGGCGGCUUCGGGCCUGGACAAGGUAGCUAUGGCCCAGGCUAUGGCCAGGGAGGAUUCGUACCCGGGCAGAGUGGUCCCGGUUACGGUGGUGGAUUCCCCGGACAAGGACAACAACAUCGUGGCGGAUACCAGGAACACGGUUAUUAACAUUUUAAAUGAAAAUAUAUUUGUAAAGAAUAAAUGAAUUUAGUUUAAUUGGCUUGUUACCUAUAA